GUUACAAGCGAUUGUGACAAGACAACAGAUCACAAUCUAUCUUAUUAGCAGUCAAUCUUAGCAUGCACGGUUGCAAACACGACGGAGACAUGGGGUUUACUGAUGAAAACAAGCAAAAUCUGCGGUUCGUGUGGGUUGUUCUGGUGGCUUUCCUUGUCGUGAACGGUGUUGUUUACGUCCAUGUGCUGGUCAGUAAUGAGAGCCUGUCGGCUAGAGUUCGGGAUUUAGAGGAGGAGAUAUAUUCGUACCGUCUCUCGGUAGACCGUGGUGGUGUGGAAAGUCACAUGCCAGAGAGUGAGCGCGCUGUGGAGCUAAACAACGAUCUUAUCCACAAGCAGCCACCGGUCAAGGUUCAGAGACGAUCCUACCGAACCGAGUCAAGGGAAGAAAAGACUGUCAUCAACGCCCCAGUUCUGAUAAACGCCAGACUUGUUGACGGAAAGACGAGUAACGAAGGGCGGCUGGAGGUACAGAUGAAGACAGGAGAAUGGGGGGCCGUAUGUGACGACAGCUGGGACAUUAAGGAUGCUGAUGUGGCGUGCAGACAGCUAGGUUACACAGGAGCAGUUCCUGGUACUGAGUACAGAUCCUUUGGAGAAGGCAGUGGGGAGAUCUGGCUGGAUGACGUCUUCUGUACAGGGACCGAGUCUAACCUGGGAGAAUGUCAACAUAACGGAUGGGGAAAACACAACUGUAGGCAAGACGAGGCUGUGGGAGUCGUUUGUGCAGAGGGAAUCUUCACCCGAUGGAACAAAGAUAUUCACGAGCCACGAUUUGGGUUUGAGGAUGGGAAGCUUGAGAUUCUGGAGCCGGGAAAAUACUUCGUCUACAGCCAGGUGGAAUUUACUGGGGACGAGAGUGAUGCAGGCAGUAAAUACUCCAUAUACGUAGGAGAGGACCCGUACCUGACCUGCAUGUUACCGGUGUACGGGGACCCUCCGCGCCACACGUGCUACACAGGCGGGGUGCUGGACCUCAAGUACGGGGCCAAAGUCUACGUCUACGUGACGACAAGCAAGACGUGCAACAUCGGCACGGAUGUGGACAGCACGUUCUUUGGAGCCAUCAAACUGUCUGCUAGUAACUAACUACACCAUUGUGA